GUUCUCUCUCUCAAAUUAAUAAACUCUUCCUUACGUUGAAGUUUACACCCAAUUAUAUUCUCUGCAAAUCUCUUCACUUCUUCCCCUCUCCAAGCAAAGAAACAGAAAUAAAAUGCUUCUCCUUUACCUCUCCUUUCUCUUCUUCACCUUUCCUUCACCUUCCCUUUCCCUCAACCAAGAAGGUCUCUACCUUCUCCAAGUCAAAGCUUCCCUUUCGGACCCUGACUCCGCCCUUUCCUCGUGGAAUCCUCGUGAUCUGUCCCCAUGCAACUGGCGGGGCAUUUCAUGCGACUCUGCCACCGGCUCCGUCACUUCCCUUGACCUCUCCAACGCCAAUGUCGCCGGCACUUUCCCCACCCUCCUUUGCCGUCUCCAAAACCUUUCCUUCAUUAACUUGUUUUACAACAACAUCAACUCCGCCAUCCCUUCCGAUAUCUCCACGUGUCAGAAUCUUGUCCACCUUGAUAUCUCCCAGAAUCUACUCACCGGUGAACUCCCCCACACUCUGGCUGACCUCCCUAACCUUAAGUACCUCGAUUUAACUGGUAACAAUAUAUCGGGGGAUUUCCCCGACUCAUUCGGGAGAUUCCAGAAGCUCGAGGUUUUAUCUCUGGUUUACAACCUUCUAGACGGUACAAUCCCAGCCUAUUUAGGGAACAUUAGUACGCUGAAAAUGCUCAAUUUGUCGUAUAACCCGUUUAGCCCGGGUCGGAUCCCGCCCGAACUAUGCAACUUAACGAACUUGGAGAUUUUGUGGCUCACGGAAUGUAAUUUAAUCGGAGAGAUUCCUGACUCGCUGGGUCGGCUAAAGAAACUCACCGAUUUGGAUCUCGCCCUUAACAACUUGGUGGGGAAUAUACCGAGUUCGCUUACCGAGUUGGUUAGUGUCGUCCAGAUUGAGCUCUACAACAACUCGUUGACCGGUGAGUUACCGCGCGGGUUCUCGAAUUUGACCAAGCUGAAACUACUCGACGCGUCGAUGAACCAGUUAACGGGAACGAUUCCGGACGAGUUAACACAGCUGCCACUUGAAAGUCUCAACCUAUACCAAAACUACUUUGAAGGGUCUUUACCAUCGAGUAUCGCCGACUCCCCAGCUCUGUACGAACUCAGACUCUUUCAGAACCGACUCACAGGGGAGUUACCCGUGAACCUCGGCAAGAACUCGCCUCUAAGAUGGCUGGACGUGUCCAGCAACCUAUUUACCAGCCCAAUACCUCCGAGUUUAUGCGAGAAAGGGAACCUCGAGGAGCUUUUAAUGAUAUACAACUCGUUUUCGGGUCACGUACCGUCGAGUUUAGCAGAGUGUCGGAGCCUGAACCGGAUCCGACUUGGUUACAACAAAUUAUCUGGUGAAAUACCCGAUGGGUUCUGGGGCCUCCCUCACGUAUACUUACUUGAGCUUGUUAAUAACUCGAUCUCUGGUCAAAUUGGGAAAUCCAUUGCCAAGGCAGCGAAUUUAUCCCUUUUGAUCCUGUCUAGGAACAACUUUAAUGGCUCAUUGCCUGAAGAAAUUGGUCUAGUUGGUAAUUUAGUUCAACUUUCAGCUAGUAACAAUAAAUUUAGUGGGCCGUUGCCCGAAAGCAUAGUGAAGCUUGAUGGACUAGGGAUUCUUGAUCUUCAUGGGAAUGAGUUGGAUGGUGAGUUGCCUAGUGGGAUUGAGUCCUUGAAGAGGUUAAACGAGCUUAAUUUAGCUAAAAAUGAUUUUUCAGGGAAGAUUCCUGUUGGGAUAGGGAGUUUGUCACUGUUGAACUAUCUUGAUUUGUCGAACAAUCAGUUAACUGGGAGAGUUCCUUUUAGUCUGCAGCAUUUGAAGCUUAAUCAGCUUAAUUUGUCGAAUAAUUUGUUAUCUGGUGAGUUACCGCCUUUGUUCAAUGAAGAAUUGUACAAAAGCAGCUUCAUGGGAAAUCCUGGUUUGUGUGGGAAUAUCAGUGAUUUGUGUACUGGAAGGUGUGGAGAUAAGCAUAAAGGUUAUGUUUGGUUGCUUAGAUCUAUUUUUGUCUUAGCUGCUUUGGUGCUUCUUGUUGGUGUGGUUUGGUUUUACUUCAAGUACAGGAGUUAUAAGAAAGCUAGGGCAAUCCAUAAGUCUAAGUGGACUUUGACGUCUUUCCAUAAGUUAGGUUUUAGUGAAUAUGAAAUUUUGGAUUGUCUUGAUGAGGAUAAUGUGAUCGGGAGAGGAUCUUCAGGGAAAGUUUACAAGGUGGUGAUUGGCAAUGGAGAGGCCGUUGCUGUGAAGAAGCUCUGGAGGGGCGUUAAAAAGGGUUCUGAGAGCGUACAUCUCGAGAAAGGUCCGGCUCAGGCUCAGGAUGAUUGGUUUCAAGCAGAGGUUGAGACAUUGGGGAAAAUCAGGCACAAGAAUAUUGUUAAGUUAUGGUGCUCGUGUACUACAAGGGAUUGCAAGCUUUUGGUGUACGAGUACAUGCCAAAUGGUAGCUUGGGCGAUUUGUUGCAUAGUAGUAAAAGUGGUUUGCUGGAUUGGCCAACAAGAUACAAGAUUAUCGUGGAUGCAGCUGAGGGGCUUUCUUAUUUGCAUCAUGAUUGUGUGCCCCCUAUUGUGCAUAGGGAUGUCAAGUCCAACAAUAUCUUGCUGGACGGAGAUUUUCAUGCAAGAGUAGCUGAUUUCGGAGUCGCCAAGGUGGUUGAUGCAGCUGGAAAUGGUGCUAAAUCGAUGUCUAUCAUCACCGGCUCUUGUGGUUACAUUGCUCCAGAGUAUGCAUAUACACUUCGUGUGAACGAGAAGAGCGACAUAUACAGUUUCGGUGUAGUUAUACUUGAGUUGGUGACGGGAGGACUCCCGAUUGACCCGGAGUAUGGGGAGAAGGACCUGGUAAGGUGGGUCUGCACCACUCUAGACCAGAAAGGAGUCGACCAUGUUCUUGAUUCCAAACUCGAUCCCUGUUUCAAAGAUGAAAUAUACAAGGUCCUCAACAUCGGCCUCCUCUGCACUAGUCCACUCCCAAUCAACCGUCCAUCAAUGAGAAGGGUAGUUAAAAUGCUGCAAGAAGUUGGUGCUGAGAACCAACAAAAAGCUGCUGCUAAAGAGGAUGGAAAAAUGACUCCUUACUACUACGAAGAUGUAUCGGAUCAAGGAAGCGUAGCAUGAAAAAAAAGGUUUUGCUUAUAGGUUUAUUUCAUAAACAAAGAAGAAUGGAAAGGAUUGUGCGA